UUCGCUCUUAUCUUAUCUCUAUUCCUUUGAGCGGCGAAAGUCGCGUUUCUUCAAGACAGACGAGUCCAUCGGCGGCAGCAACAAUCCCGUUCUUUCAUCUCCUGCAAACAGGUGAUAGAUCCGCACCGACCGAAGGGUGAAUGGCUGAGUAUGGAUGAGCCCGUUCAUCUGUGGUAUGCAUGCGCUUCUGUGUCCUGCAGCGCUGGGUCCUUUAGUCGACCGAUGAAUCAGUUGACCCCUGUGGUUGGGACACUCACUCUCUGAUACGACAGCUCUCCACUCGCAAUUCUGCGUCUUGCCACCUCUUGACGACGCCAAAGCGACUUACUUCACAGACGCUCUUCCCAAGAUGACGAGACCUUACGGCUCAUCGCCUGUCGAUGAGCCCGCCCGCUCUUACCUGUCACCUCCAGCGACGACCAGCGGCCACGCAGCUGUCCGCACGGCCAAGCGCACAGUCAUCGGCCUCGUGAUUCUUGGCGCAGCGAUUGUUUGUCUCACUUUUGCGUUCGCGGCGACAUCGUGCCCUUGUUGGGGGGACUGCCCGAAGGGACGGCACUUGCACGGCACCGAGUAUGACAGACAGGCACACACGGAUAUGGGACUGGUGGCUGCAGGGCCACAUGUCAUGGUGUCCUGUGUGUGGUGUUGGUUCUUGUCUUGUUCUCUCUGCCUGCCCUCCCUCCUCCCUCCCUGCCUGCCUGCCUGCAGGUGUGUCGAGGGAGGCACAGACGCCGAGAACGAAGUUGAGAAGAAGGUUCGGUCAUCGAUGUGGUGCUGGCUCACAAGCCGGAAAUGUCAGAAAUGCCCUGUAGGACAGAUUCUCUACCGCAAUUGGUGGGCACAAGGGACGGACAGAUAGGCGCCCCUGCAGACGCACGUACCCCGACCACCCCCAAAACGGACGUUGUCCGUCUACCUGCCUGCCUGCAGGUGUGUUGAGAGUCCAGGCCGCAACGACAACAAGACCACUGCAAGUAUGCUGCGACACAGCAUGCGACAGCCGAUCCUGCGCAAUGCUCUGGAGGACAGCAUUUCGACGGUACAAAGUGUGCACACGGGACGGACAGACAGGCGCCCAUGCACACGUGCGUACCCCGACCACCCCCUCAGCACGGUCCUUGUCGGUCUGCCUGCCUGCCUGUCUAGGUGUGUGCCUGAUGACAGUCGAGACCAAGACAGCGGCAACAAUAUAUCAAACACGGCUUUUUCAAUCCUUACUAAGGGCUCUCCAGUCCCGAUUCUCCCUCCUAUCGCGAUUCGAGUACUUCGCCAAGGCCUUGGCUCCUGCACACGGCUCUGACUUCAUCGCCUGGUCACCAUCAGUCACAGCCACAACCUUAGCAUCCGAUGGUCCUCAGCUGGCAGGGCGAACGGCGCUGGAGAAGUACGCCACGGCCGUGGCCGGCUGGGGCCCCACGAUAGUGCUCAUGUGAUGGGAGGGGGGGUGGGUGGGAGAGGGUGCAGGCCAGAUGGUGCAGUGGUUCGUGUGGUGUGCUUGUCUCGCCAGUGUGUGGAAGGGGUGCUGUAUGGUGACUGGACUUUGAUUUGUCGUUAGUUGGUUGUGCCAUAGCCAGUGAAGCCUGCUGGCCUGCCUGCAAUCAGUGUGUGUGCAGUGAGAACAAGACCAGCGGCGUGCCUGGCUCCUCUGCAUGUGUGUGUGUGUGUGCGUGUGCGUGUCUGUCUGCCUUGUCAUGAGGGCGUAUUUCUCGUCACUCGCUCACCCAUUGCACACCUGUGUGUGUUUUUGAAUUCACGACUAGAGACUAUAGUGCGUCUCCCGUUGGUUCGUUGGUUUUGUGUGUGCGUGGGGUGUGUGGGUGGAUGGGUGCCUUUAUUGCUUUUGCGUGUGUGUGUUGGUGUGUGGAACUGAGAGCUCGAAUUGACGUCGACAGAGAGAGUCGAGACCGUCUGCCUGUCCGUGUCCUUCUCCGGUGUAUGCAUCUCGUUGUCCUGGAAGGACACGACACGGCUGUGGUGUGGUGUGGCGCUGGUUUUUUGUGUGUUCUGUGAGACAAAUCCAUCCGCGUCGCGUGAUGGGUUGCUGCCUGAGGUGUAUGGUGCGUACUAAUCCGUGUGCUGCUGUUCAUUCGUUUAUCCAUUGUCC